AUGUUGAAAGAACACGCAGCCCAACGUGAGAACAAUGCAGACGACAGCUCACAUGAUACCGCGGUUUCUCUUCCACUACUUCCACUGUCGGUUCCUCCCCUUGUGCUCCUUCCAGAGUUUGAUGAAGGUUCUCGCAACAAUCGCGGUCUAGAGAACGAUAUGACUGGAGGCCUCCUCUGUCCAGGUGAAAUUGACUGGAAGGAUGAUAUUGUCCGCGCUGCUGUACAGCGUAUGGAUCCCGAGUAUGACUUCGCCAGCUCUGCCCAUUCACUCUGCUUCUAUAAGGACCAAAAAUUCACUCUCGAUGAUCCAGACAAAGGUUUUCUUCAAAGUCAUUGGUUACUUCAAAUGUAUCGGACCAUUUUUACUUCACCCUCAUCAGCGAAAGGGCAAUCUGAAGACGUCGAAAAUCUCCCGCCUUCAAAGAAGAAGAAGAGUUUGAAAAGCCAUCGCGCGCAUGUUGCAAAUAUCAUUCAUAUGACCGAAGUUACACCGCGGUCUAUUGCUUAUGCGGCUGUCCAUGUGAGCAGCUGUUUCGAAUUUCUAUCUCUACUGACGGCAAUCCUUCAGCUUCAUAUUGCUCUUACAGAUUCAUCACAUUGGACUCAUUCUUAUGAUGGCUACAACUAUCAAGACCUGUGGAAUUUCGUCGUUGACUUUUUUGAGGACCCUGUUGAUGAAGAGGCAGAGAAGCAGGGAAAGGAGCUGCUCAAAUGGUGGACUGAUCGGAUUUUCACAGGCACUGGUUCUGCUGCCAACAGCCGUGGCACCAAAAUGGUCUCUCGUCGGCAGGUUGUAGUAAAAAAACAAGCAGCUAAAUCUUUAUCUCCUUUGCCUUCCUCGCCACUUGCUCCUCUGUCAUCACCUGCAUAAUUAUGUAUCCGAACUAUGUUUACGCCCUAGUAAAAUCACAAUGAACUAGAAUUAUCUAUCUCUUCGAAGAUGUUUCGUGAAUUUUCGUACAUCAAUCAAUCCAAGAUUCGUUCAGUAUCUACUGGUUUCCGACCCGAUAUCAGUUUGCUUCUAUGUAUAUCAUUGCAGGAGUAUAUUACCUGUUGUUGAUAUUAUGCUCAAAGCAUGGAGUUAAUAUGGGAUUGCCUGUUCACUAUGUUGAGAAUGGAAG